ACCUCUAUUUCAUCAUAUAUACUACAAUUUAAGAUGGCAGAAAAUAAUAAUCCAUAUUAUGUCAAUUUGAUGACUAGUCAUUAUCCAUGGGAAGAUCAAUAUGAAGAGCAAUCGUUUCAGCCGGACAUACCAGAAGAAAAUACGGUAAAAGAUAUACCAUUGCAAAAGAAGUCAAUGCGAAAAUCAAAAUAUCGGAUCGAAGAAGACACCUUGCUUGUAUCUGCAUGGAUCAACACUAGCAUUGAUCUAGUGCAAGGGACAUUGCAAAAAUAUUCUACAUUUUGGCACCGAGUAGCAACUUACUAUCAUGAAAACAAAACAUUCAGUAGCGAUCGUGAUCAAAAAGGGUUAGAGCACCGUUGGUCCGCUAUUCAAAUUGCAGUUAGUAAAUUUUGUGGGUGUUUUAAUCAAAUUGAAGCAAGAAAUCAAAGUGGCGUGACAGAGAAUGACAAGAUUAUGGAAGCGAUGCAAAUGUUUCAAAGCAUGCAAGGAGCAAGUUUUCAAUUUUUACAUUGUUGGAAUGAGUUAAGGUUCCAUCCAAAGUGGCUUGGCCAAUUUUCAAUGAAAAAAUCUAAGAGGUCAAAAAAUUCAAGUCCUGCUACAUCUUCUCAUGCAACUCCAGAUUCAAUAAAUUGUAGAGAAGACGAAUGUCCUACUGAGGGUUCGUCAAGGCCCAUAGGAAGAAAGGCUGCAAAAGAAAGGUUGAAACAAGGUAAAGACAAGAAUGUGGCUUCUGAAAUUACACCAGUGAUGUUGUUUAUUGAUGAAAUGAAGCAGGAUCGGAAAGAAAAAGAAAUAAAGAGAGCAGAAUUAUUUGGUCAAAUUUAUGUUCAGGAGCAAGAGCGCAUAAAGAUAGAGCAAGCUAGACUACAGGUCGCUCAAGAAGCUCAAAAUAUCAAAAAGAAAAAAAUGUGA